AUGAACCUUAAUUUUAACGCUUUCUCUUUAUAUCCCAACUCUCAAGUUUUGACGACAUGUUUGGCUCAUUUUGUAGUACUUGCUGUGCCAGCGGUCGCAGCUUUUAGAAUAUUUAACAUCGACGGCAAGGAAACUAUAUUGGCCUCCGAAAAUGAGAAUAUUAGUAUACAGUGCAAAUCGGAUUUCCCUAUGACUUAUUGUGGAUUUGUUCAUCCCAGUGGGAAACGAUUUUCAUUUACAGAUCGUGCAGUAAAUGAUGGCAAGUGCGUUCAAAAGAUAAAUGCAACAAAGGCAGAUAAUGGUGAAUGGCGUUGUCACAUAGGAAGGAAGACUGUUAGAUUAGAAAUAAUAAAGAAAAUUCAAGUUCGAAUCGUUAACGAUUUGGCUGCUAUAGUGCCUGAUGUGAGUGUUAAAUUAGGCAAACCCGUAACUCUAUCUUGUGCAACUACAAAAGGAUAUACGCCUUUGAGCUAUUGCCGAUUUGAACCACCCAAUGGAAAUUCGUUUAACAUUGAUUCAUCUGUGACUGCUAAAGAGCCAAUUCUUAAGAAAUAUUAUUUCCCAUCCAACAGCAGCCUUGACCGAGGCGACUGCGCGGUUACUAUAAGUAAUGUGAAGUAUGAAGACGUGGGAAUGUGGACUUGUGGGGUCGGUCUCGACGAUGGCAAUGAGCACAUCGACGUUAUCAAGCUAGAGGUCGAAGGAAUGUACACUAUGUCUACAGCAUCAGUGACUGGUGUUACGUUUGGGGGUGUACUAAUUGCUGUUGCUUUGGCAUCAUUGGGAUAUAUUGCGUGGAAGAAGAGAAGGAUAUUGGGUGGGGCGCCAGCUGAGCCGGAAGUGAUUGAGAUCCAAGAAAUGGGUCAACAGCCAAGAUUAGGAAGCCCAAGACAAGGAAGGAGCAUCCCAUCUCUCGUUGUUCAGUCCCCCUCUGAUCCCGGAGAACCAGGGUCAUCUCCAUUAAUGUCACGAACG